AUGCCGCACGAUCCAGGGCCAUCCAGCCCUCCUCUCCUUCCCCCUCGCUUCCUCCUCCUAAGGGCCAUCCAGCCCUCCUCCCCCUUCCCCCUCGCUGCCGCCGCCGUCUCCCUUCGCCGCCGCAGCCCGCCCGCUGCAGCUGCCGUCUCCCUUCGCCGCCGCAGCCCGCCCGCUGCAGCCGCCGUCUCCCUUCGCCGCCGCAGCCCCUCCUUCGGCUGGCGUGCCGCAUCAUCCGCCGCAGCCCCUCCUUCGGCUGGCGUGCCGCAUCAUCCGCCGCAGCCCCUCCUUCGGCUGGCGUGCCGCAUCAUCCGCCGCAGCCCCUCCUUCGGCUGGCGUGCCGCAUCAUCCGCCGCAGCCCCUCCUUCGGCUGGCUUGCCUCCUCACCUGCAGCAGCCCCCCCUCCCGGCUGGCGUGCGACCUCACCGCCGCAGCACCUUGGGCUGGCUUGCCUCCUCACCUGCAGCAGCCCCCCCUCCCGGCUGGCGUGCGACCUCACCGCCGCAGCACCUUGGGCUGGCUUGCCUCCUCACCUGCAGCAGCCCCCCCUCCCGGCUGGCGUGCGACCUCACCGCCGCAGCACCUUGGGCUGGCUUGCCUCCUCACCUGCAGCAGCCCCCCCUCCCGGCUGGCGUGCGACCUCACCGCCGCAGCACCUUGGGCUGGCUUGCCUCCUCACCUGCAGCAGCCCCCCCUCCCGGCUGGCGUGCGACCUCACCGCCGCAGCACCUUGGGCUGGCUUGCCUCCUCACCUGCAGCAGCCCCCCCUCCCGGCUGGCGUGCGACCUCACCGCCGCAGCACCUUGGGCUGGCUUGCCUCCUCACCUGCAGCAGCCCCCCUCCCGGCUUGUCAAUUCAGGGGUUGUGCACAUUUAA